AUGGAAUCUAAGAGGCCACACGUCGAUUUACAGGACUUCCUCAGCAGAAAGAGGCAGUUUGAACGAGAGCGCCGCGCUCAUCGGCGCAAGCUUCUCGAAAGCCGCCGUGCGCGAGUGCGGCGCAGGGUCCAAGAGUUUCGGCGUAUGCUAGUCCUGCUCGAAGGAAGAGCCGCAUCUGGCGAACAGACGGAGCAAAUCAACGCGCGUGCCCCUGAUCAGUUCUCCGUACAAAAAAACGCUUCACCGGACAAAGACGGGGAACAAUUUGCUGACCAGUCGAACCGCUCGUCGACAGAACGCGUUCCAAAGCGCUAUGCGCAGGCGAUCAGCAAAGGCCAAGAGGCUCGAACCAAGCGUCAGGCUGAGCUUUUCGAGCGUGAGCAGCAGCGGCAGAGGCUUUCAGAGGAACGUGAGCGGCGUGCGCAGCUCCGUGAGAACCAAAGAACAGCGCAUCUUCGACGAACAAGAAAGGGACAGCCAUACCUGAACUUGCAGAUUGAGGCUUUGCUGGCGAAGCUCAAACGGGGCUGA